AUGGCCACUGAUACAGAGAGUGAUAGUGAAUCAUGGGAAUCGGGAGACAAUUCAGACACGAAUACAUUAUUAAGUGAAAUGGACAGCCCUUCAUGCAGUUACUGGGACUUUUCAAAACCAAGUACAAGCACUAGAUAUAAAUACCUCCCUGUAAAUGUUGACAAAUUUCAAAAACAAAGUGCCACAAAUGAAAAACAACAGGAAAAUGCAAAAGUAGACAAGAACACUAAAACUGACAGUGAUCAAACUGCAUCGUUUGGCAUAACAUCUUCAGCAAAAGCUUCAGAGAGUGACCGUUUAAUUCUAAAUCAAAAUGCCACAAAUGAAAAACAAAAGGAAAAUGCAAAAGAAGACAAGAACACUAAAACCGACAGUGAUCAAAUUGGCACAACAUUCUUAGCAAAAGCAUCAGAGAGUGACCGUUUCAGAGAUGUAACAGAUGCUGAUAUAAACUCCUUCCUUCAAGAGCAACUUAAUAAAAAUACUUCAAAGAAAACAAAGUCUGAUUUGAAAAUUUUCCAAUUAUUCUUAAAGUCAAAACAUGAUGAAAAAAGAAACAUUGAACAAAUACCACCACAACAGUUGGACAGAUACCUUAGUUUUUUCUUUCUUAGCGCCACAAAGGAAAAACAAACAAAUGGUACUUUUGAAUAUGAACCAUCAUCUCUUAAGUCAAUACAGCAGAGCAUUAGCCGACAUUUAAAGGAUAAUGAGUAUGGAUGUAAUAGUAUCACAGAUGAUGAGUUCCACAAAAGUCGUCAGACUCUGAGCGCAAAAUUUAAAAACUUAAAAUCACUUGGUCUUGGUAAUAAACCCAAUGCUGCAGACCCUUUGACAGAUGACGAUCUCAACAAAUUUUACAUGAAAAACGUUAUGGGGUCCAAUAGCCCUCGCUCACUUACAAAUGCAGUAUAUAUAAAUAACAAUUACCAUUUUGGUUUAAGAGGAGUAACUGAACAUUAUAAUUUAUGUUGGGGUGAUAUUUCAUUAAAAGUUGACACAAAUGGAGACGAAUACCUCCAGUAUUGUCGGGAAAGGCAGACAAAAACAAGACAGGGUGAAAAUAUAACAAAUCUAAGAAAAUCAGGACCAAUUGCAGUAGAAAACAAAAUUGACCGAACCAGAUGUCCUGUGUUUCAAUAUAAACUAUUUCGACAAAAAAGACCAGAAACCAUGAAAAAAGAGGAUUCCCCUUUUUAUAUUCAGGCUUCAACGUUUCAGGAUAAUAACUACGAAUCAAAAAUUCUUUGGUACAAAAAUCUCAGACUAGGAACUAAAUCAAUUUCUAAAAUAAUAAAAGAUAUGGCCACGGAAGCACUCCCCAAUAAUGAUAAAAGACUAACUGGCCACAGCGCAAGGAAGGGUUCAAUCCAAAAACAAAAAGACAAUGGGGUGCAAGACACAGAAAUUGUGCAAAGAACAGGACACAAAAAUGUUAACAGUUUGCUGUCAUAUUCCAAAACAAGCUUGGAACAACAACAAAAAACAUCUCUAAUGUUAUCUUCAACAAGAGAAACAGAUAAUAAAGAAAAUACCUCGCCAGUAUUAGAGGCAAUAACUUCGACACAGACUCAAUCAACUGUGAGCAACAACAGUAAACAGUCAAUUUACAAAGGAAAUUUUAAUUUUUCGCAAUUACAUCCGGCAAUGAGUGGUCUUUUCACCAAUGCAACAUUCCAUGGUGGAAAUUUCAAUUUUACAUUUAACAAUGGGCCAUCAUCGUCAUCAGAUCAACAACCCUCAGAUGUCAACAAACAGAACAAAAGAAAGCGUCUCUGCAUAAUUGACAGUGACAGUGAAAGUGAUUUCUAA